AGUAUCUCAUAAUAAUACUAUAUGACCAUUUUUGGAGGUCAUCAGCUCAAAAUAGAACGCGAUUGAUUGGUAACAUAUUUGAUUACGAAGUAGUUAAUUGUGACAUGUAUCGCAUUAUGUUUCUUAUGAUUGUUGAACUAAUUUAAUUUUUUUGUUACAAUUUUCUUUUUUAAAAUAUUGAUUUUAAUCUUAUAAAAAAAAACCUCUCCUAAUAGCCUCUCUACACUUGUCAAACGGUUUGUUCGGAUUUGGUCGAGCUCAAGCCAGGUUAAUUCGAGUUUUGGGUCAACAAAUAAUCGAAUUGUAAUUGGAUAUCUUGUCUUCGAUGAAAAUCAUUUUAAUUUAAUAAAAUACCCGAGCUAUUUUACUUUUUUAAACAAAAAAGUUCAAAACGAUCGUGUUGAGUCGGGUUAAUCCGGAUAGCAUGGAUCAUCAAUUACUAGAUUUAUACUUCCUCCGUUAACCAUUAUCUGCAACUUUGGGGUGAGGAACGGACUCCAAUGCAAAACUUCUUAAUGGUGUUUAACACAAAGUAAGGGUAUGUCAUUAAUAGUUAAUCAAAAAAAAAAAAAUUGAAAGAACAAUCUAGCACCUCAGCCACCGAAACCCACCGACAGAACCACCACCUCCACGAACACACACCUUUUCCCAGAUGGACGACCACCCUCCAAACCCACUGACGGAACCACCAAAACCCACCUACGAAAACCCACCCACGAAAACCACCCACCGAGAACGACCUGCGAAAACCCACCUACGAAAACCCACCUACGAAAACCACCUGCGAAAACCACCCACCUACGAAAACCACCCACGAAGAACGACCACCCACCAAAAACGACCAACCCACCUGAAACGAAACCCACAACUCGAACCUAGAAUUACGAUCCACCCCAAUUCGAACCCAAAACCACCAAAGAAACCGCCACACCCACCGAAUACCAGAUCUUCUUCGUCACCUUCUUCUUGGUGAUACCAGAUCUGAUUGACUUUGAAGGAGGAGGGAGAAAGGAAAUGGGAAAGAUGAAUUGGGUGAAAAAUUAGGGUAUGAAUGUGGAGAAAUUGGAUGAUUUUGAACUAGUUUGGUUGAUUUUAAUGAGUUAUUGGGGGAGAUGAAUUAAAUUUAAUAUGAGUAGUUAGAUUAAUUAGGUUAGAUUAGUAAUUGAUUAAUUAUGUUUUUAAGAAUGUAAUUGAUCUUAUAAAGUUUUAAGUAAGGGUAUUUUUGUAAUUUUGUUAAUUUUUUUUACUAAAUAUGGAAAGGUUUGGAAAUGUUGCACAUAAUUUUUAGCGUCCAUUUUUAGUAAAAGUUGAUAAUGGUUAACGGAGGUAGUAAAAAAAAUUCAUCUCAUUAAUCAAAUUACUACGUAUAAAAAGUAAUAAAUCCCAAAAACUCUGCGUUGCACAUUCAUUUUUCUCCCCAACAACAGAAAUACUUCAUAAAUCAUAACUGGAAGUUUCUUCAAGAAACCCAAGAAAAGCUUCUUCGUCUUCAAUGGCUUCCUUCUUCAUUCUCUCUCUCCUCUUCCUCCUCAACUUCUCCACUACUGUAACUUCCGCCAUUGAAAUCAACUUCACCACCUUCAACAUCGCCCCAACCCCAUCACCGUCUCCACCAUCAUCACCACCGCCUCUUCCGUCGCUCUCAGUCAUAGCACGACCACCGCCGGCGCAAGUCCAAGAAACACCGCAACAACUGCAAUUCAACUCGAUCAUCGACUCAAUCGUCGGAGCUGGAGAUUUCAGCAACUGGGCUAAACUUCUUUCUCAAGCUGACCCCUCCAUUUUCCCUCUCACAGCCACCCUCUUCAUCCCAGAAGACGGCGCUUUUCUUGCCGGAAACUCAACUUCUCCGGCCUCUUCCUUCAACCCUCUUCUCUUUUAUUACCACAUUGUUCCCCGUCGCUUUACAUUCACCGAGCUCCGGCAGUUCCCGAAUGGAGCUCGCCUUCCAACUCUUCUCCCCGGAAAAACCAUCCUCAUUACCAACAAUUCCGCCGGCAAUUUCUCCGUCAAUGGUGCGCUACUUACUCAUCCCGAUCUCUUUCAGAGCUCUGUCGUUUCUGUUCACGGUAUUGGGACUGUUCUUGACUAUAAUACUUCCGGGGAUGAUUUUUCCUCGCCGGAAAAUUUUCUGGGUCGAAACCCCUCGCCGGAAAAUAUGCUCGGAGGAGUCCCGUCGCCUCCGUUGCCGGAGUUCGAACAGGACAGAAGAGGACCGGUGGUUGGGUCACCGAAGAACGUGGCGAGCUCGGCUGCCAGGAACCUACAGAAGCUUAUUUCUGAGUUGUUGGAUAAUAUGUAG